AUGGCUGCUGCUUACAAACUGACUUAUUUCAACAGUACUGCCCUCGGCGAGGCCAUAAGAUUUAUCCUAAGUUAUGGAAAAAUCGAAUUUGAGGACAAUCGCCUUGCCUAUGAUGAUAAUUGGCCUUCUGUUAAACCUACAUUACCAUUGCCUUAUGGUCAGUUGCCAAUUCUCGAACACGACGGCAAGAUAGCAUAUCAAUCACUUGCAAUUUGUAGAUACGCAGCUAAACAAGCUAAACUGGUUGGCAGCAAUGAUUGGGAAGAUUUGGAAAUUGAUGCUGCCGCAGAUACAAUUAAUGAUUUACGUAUGAAGAUCGGCCAAUAUCAUUACGAAAAAGAUCCGAAAGUUAAAGAACAGAAGAAAUCUCCUCUUUUCGAAGAAACCCUUCCGUUCUACAUUGAAAAAUUCGAAAAACAAAUUGAAAAAAACAACGGAUAUUUUGCUCUUGGUAAAUUAACUUGGGCUGAUCUUUACUUUGUUUCCCUCCUUAAAUACUUAAACUAUAUGCUGGGUAAAGAGUUAACUGAUGGAGCACCAGGACUGAGAGGAAUAAACGAAAAAGUCUGUGCCCUUCCUCAAAUUAAGGCAUAUCUCGACAAACGUCCACAAACUCGAUGUUAA